AUGCAUCAAGAUCAACUUCACGCCAAGUUGGCGCACCGACCCAACCUCCUACUCGACGCUACAAAGGUUCUCUUACGUCGUCAAGCAUCUCUAAAGGAUCUGGGUGCCAACAUUGGCUUCCACGCUCGGACCCUGCUCUUGUUCACAGGGGAUCAAAUCUUGGACACUGUUAUCCCGGGCACAGCCUUCGGUAUCCUUGCAGCACUCUCCGGCCCGACUUUGAAUCUACCAGAUCAAAGCUACGUCUCGGUGGUUCAACGCAUCCCGCAAACCGUCAUGUGGCUGUGGCUUGUCAUCCUACAAUUCUGCGUGCAGAACCAACGUAGUGAGGACUCAGUACAAGAGGACGCUAUCAACAAGCCAUGGCGACCUAUUCCUUCCGGGCGGAUGACUUCCGAACAGGCCGAGACGCUGUUGAAAGUCACCCACUUUGCUGCUGGCGUGUUAAGCUACGAGCUCAACGUCAUGCACAUCUUCCUCGUCUACGUUUGCCUCAUUACCGCGUACAACGACUACGGCGGCGGCAACAAGUCUGGUAUCAUCCGCAAUCUCUUUUGCGGUGCUGGUUUCUCCUGCUACUUCAGUGGUGCACUGAGCAUUGCUGUUGGCUCUGAUGUCUCUCUGAGCUCCGCAGCUUGGAAGUGGACAGCCAUCAUCGCCUUCGGUAUUCUCGCAACUACGAUUCAGACGCAGGAGUUCCGCGACGAAGCUGGUGACCGGGCUCGAGGUCGUCGUACAUUGAUCACUGAGCUUGGGCGUAAGGUUUCUCUGUGGACUGUCUUCGCCGCAGUUGCCUUCUGGUCUGUCUACACACCCCUAGGCUUCUUUGCUGGCGGCUGGAAGACUGCCCUGUUGCCCAGCACCUUCGGCGGUUACCUUCUCGUGACGGCUGCACGGGCUUAUCGUACAGGCGACAACAAGCUUGACAGGAAGAUGUACAAGAUCUGGUGUUUGUGGAUGUUCGGCUUCUGUCCCCUGCCGCUAUUAGCUCGCGUGCUUGCUUAG